GUUUUAAAUCGAAAAGGUGUCGAAGGAUAUUGUCUUCCCCGCCGGCAACAGCACCGCCUUCAGCCCACAUGCCAUGAUGCCAUAGCCACUCAACCUAAACUUUCUCAUUCAUUCUUACAAACACCAAAUUUCUCAUUCCCGAAUGCUAAUAACAUCGUCUUUAACAUAUUUUUCGUACAAAUUUCCUUAGUUUCUGUCUCUGUUGCCGUUCUUAUUUCUUUGUCACGAUGAACACAAUUGUCCUUAUUCGCAACCGGGCCAUGAAAUCCAUUCGCAGGAUUCUCAUCAGUUCUCGGAACUCAUCGCCUUUUCUGUCCACACCUGCAAAUUCAGGUCAUGCUCCUCCUAUUGCUAGCAAUUCCCCGAAACCCCGUUUCAAUCAUCACCAGCCUUUGCAAAUGCAUCGCAUAAAGGGUAUUGCGCAGAAUGUUUUUGGCUUGCCCUCUCCGAAUUUCGCUCCUUUAACAAUGCCCUUUAUUUUAAUCACGUCCAACAGGGACGUAUCUACCUUCAAGGUUCGAAAUUGCUCAACCUCUGUGGAGAGCCGUGGCCAUGACAAGAAUUUUGAGAGGAUUUACGUACAGGGUGGCAUGAAUAACGUGAAGCCCUUGGUGGUGGAAAGUUCUCAUGAGGAUGUUACAGAUGAGAGAAAUUUAGGUGAUGUGAAUGUGAGUGUGGGGAAGAGUAAAUGGGAGGAGUCAGAUGUGGAAAAACAGGCAUGGAAGUUGUUGCAGGGAGCCGUUGUGACUUAUUGUGGCAACCCUGUGGGGACUGUGGCGGCAAAUGAUCCUGGUGACAAGCUACCCUUGAAUUAUGAUCAGGUCUUUCUUAGGGAUUUUAUCCCAUCAGCACUUGCUUUCUUGCUUAGAGGAGAAAGUGAGAUUGUCAAGAACUUUCUUCUUCACACCUUGCAGUUGCAGAGUUGGGAGAAAACAGUGGACUGCUACAGUCCAGGACAGGGCUUGAUGCCUGCAAGUUUCAAAGUUAGAACUGUAGCUCUGGACGAAGAUAAACAUGAAGAAGUUUUAGAUCCUGAUUUCGGGGAAUCAGCUAUUGGUCGCGUUGCACCUGUAGAUUCAGGAUUGUGGUGGAUCAUCCUCUUGCGGGCUUACGGGAAGCUCACAGGAGAUUGCAGCUUGCAAGAAAGGGCUGAUGUUCAAACAGGCUUAAAAAUGAUCCUUAACUUGUGUUUAACAGAUGGUUUCGAUAUGUUUCCUUCUCUGCUAGUCACUGAUGGUUCUUGCAUGAUAGACAGGAGGAUGGGGAUUCAUGGUCACCCCCUUGAGAUCCAAGCAUUAUUUUACUCAGCUCUUCGCUGCUCACGUGAGAUGCUUGUUGUAACUGAGGGAACUGAUAAUCUUAUUAGAGCUAUUAACAACCGGCUCAGCGCUUUGUCAUUCCACAUUAGAGAAUACUAUUGGGUGGACAUGAAAAAGAUAAAUGAAAUAUACAGGUAUAAAACAGAAGAGUACUCCAUGGAUGCCAUCAAUAAAUUCAACAUCUAUCCAGAGCAAAUUCCACCGUGGUUAAUGGAUUGGAUUCCAGAAGAAGGUGGAUAUCUGAUUGGGAAUUUGCAGCCAGCUCACAUGGACUUCAGGUUUUUCACACUUGGAAAUCUUUGGUCCAUUGUAUCGUCAUUGGGCACCCCAAGACAGAACCAGGCUACUUUAAAUCUGAUAGAAGCAAAAUGGGAUGAUCUUGUGGGCCAUAUGCCUCUUAAGAUAUGUUAUCCUGCCUUGGAUAAUGAAGAGUGGCGCAUAACUACUGGUUCUGACCCAAAGAAUACCCCUUGGUCAUAUCACAAUGGUGGAUCUUGGCCAACCCUUCUGUGGCAGUUCACGCUGGCAUGCAUCAAAAUGGGGAGGACUGAACUUGCCCAGAAAGCAGUUGCUUUGGCUGAGAAAAGACUGCCAGUUGAUUCUUGGCCUGAAUACUAUGAUACACGCACUGGAAAAUUUAUCGGAAAACAAGCCCGGAUGUAUCAAACAUGGACCAUAGCUGGUUUCCUUACAUCCAAGAUGCUUUUGAAAGAUCCUGAGACGGCAUCCAGGUUAUUCUGGGAGGAGGAUUAUGAGCUUCUAGACAUAUGUGUUUGUGGACUUAGCAAGAAUGGCAGGAAAAGGUGUUCCCGUGGUGCUGCCAGGUCUCAGAUUCUUGUAUGAUGAAAACCUAGUGUUGUGUGAAAUUCAGAGUUCAGGGGAUCAUUGGUAUAUGCUUAUAGUAAAAGUUACAUAGGAAGGUUAACAUAUUCUGCAUUGGUAUAAUUAUGGUUGAGAAGGCGUUCCUUUGUUCUAGGAUGGCAAUUCUUACUUUAUUUUAACAAUGAGGAAAUAGAAGGUUAAAAGUACGUCCUCUUCUUGUAUAUGAACUAAUAUUCACAUUGAUUUAUUUCACACUAUACAGUCGCUCCUUUUCAGCAUUUUGUAAGAGUUUCUUUAUCUCCCAAUACAAUUGUUUUACCUUGUUCUGGUUCGUGUUUGACUUCACUUUCUCAUCACUGGUCUUAAGAUUGAAGGACAUUACUAAUCAUAUAGUCAAGGUUGCCGUAUAGGAUGUUUGCAGAGAACAGUGGCUGUAACACUACCAAGAUUAAUGAUUCACCGUUUAGUUUAAAAGGACGCAUUACAAGGGUUUGAAAGCUCUUUGUGUGGCCAAUUAGCUCAUGCUUUGGCCAUCAAGAUUGGUGUCCUAGGAUGAUCCAUAUAUGUUGACAAUGCACUCAUAGACAUGUAUGCCACUUGCUGCAAUGCCAUGGACUACACAAAAAUGGUUUUUGAGGAUAUCACAACCAAACUUAUGACUGUCGGACUACUUUGACCACUGGAUACACUCAGAGCAGACAUAUGCCAUGGUCUUAGAAUUUUCUGUCAAAUGUUUCUGCACAAUUUCUUGGUGACAAACAGGAGGAAGGACCACCAAGUCCCUUUAGCUUCUCAAUCCCGCACUUGUGCCUUUAUUUGUUUCGGUUUUUAGGGUAAGUAUGGAGUUGAGUCCAACCUUCCUAUUAUGCAUUCCAUGCUACACAUAGUGUCAUUAUGUUUUCAGAGGCAAAACAAUUAUUAUCUGAAAUGACUCGGAAAGACAUCAUCGUCACAUUGAAUA